UAAACAAUGGCAAUCUGAUAAGGACAUGAAAGUUGGUACUUUGGUAGGCCACAGCCUGUCCAGCCAAUGACGUUGGUUUUUCCUUUCUUAUAGUCAGAUACAAAGACCACACCCUCCUAACUCUUAUAUACAAUAAAGAAAAAGAGAAGAGAGAGGGUGAGAAAAAAAAAAGAAAGGUCUUGUCUUGAUAGUAGCUCACAGUUCACACAUACACACACACUUGCACAGACACACAUACCACCUUUAAUUCAAAAGCUCAAAUUUUCAAUUCAUUUUUUCCUCUUAUCCCUCCUCCUCCUCCCCUCUAGUCUCCUUUGUCUUUUUCUCUCUUCCUUUAUUUUUAUUUUUAAUUUUAUUUCAUUAUAAUUUUUUGUUUAUUUUUGCCUUUUCCUUCUUUCCACCUCCUUCCUGCAUUUUUCUCUGUCAAAACCCUAGAUUUGAAAUCUAGGGUUUUGUUUUUCUUGUUGUGUUUAAGGGCAUGAUUGAAGAGCUGUCUGGGUUUUGGUGCUUGCUUUGCUGUCACUCUGUGAGCUUCUGAUUUUUCCACAUUUCUUCUGGACGAUUGUUUGAAAGUAUCAUCCAUAUACGCCUGGAGUCUUGGUUGGAAGCUGUUUAAAGUUUUGGUGGAGUUAAAGAUUUGAACUUGGAGGAGGGAGUCUCAAGGCUGAUUUUUUAAGGCAAUUAGGCUUAAAAAGUCAUAGGCUUUUUUCAGUGACUAUUUUCUCACUAAAUGCAUGGAUGGGAGAGAAGCCAUGGCAUUGUCUGGUGGGUCAGCUUCAUUCUACUUGCAUAGGGGAGGGCUUGGUGGUUCUGGGUCUGGAUCACAACCUCCAGGAUUACAUGCCCCAUCUGGGUUUAGGCCCUUGUCAAAUACUGGCAUUCCAAACCAACCCAAUGUCAGGAACAACAACUCUAUGGGACCGUCAUUCUCAGUAGAGCCUUCUCGUGCCAAUUUUCCUCAUGGCACUAGAAUGGUUGUCAAUCCUGGAAUGCCUUCCAGUGAGCCUGUAAAGAAAAAGAGAGGGAGGCCUCGAAAAUAUGGCCCUGAUGGGCCAGUUUCUUUGAGACUUUCUUCCAUGUCUGCAACUCAAAAUCUUUCACCAGGUUCAGCUCCCUCGGGCCCCAAGCGGAGUAGAGGCCGGCCACGUGGGACUGGGAGGAAACAACAGUUAGCUAGUCUUGGUGAAUGGAUGAAUAACUCAGCAGGAGUUGCUUUUGCACCACAUGUUAUCACCAUUGGAGUUGGAGAGGACGUUGUCUCUAAACUUUUAUCGUUCGCCCAACAGAGGCCAAGAGCUCUGUGCAUAUUGUCAGGCAGUGGUAUAGUCUCUUCGGUCUCACUACGUCAGCCUGCUUCUACUGGUGUCAGUAUCACAUAUGAGGGCCGUUUCCAAAUUCUUUGCUUGUCAGGUUCUUACUUAGUUGCUGAGGAAGGUGGUCCCCGCCAUCGAACUGGUGGUGUUAGCGUUUCCCUUGCUAGUCCAGAUGGUCAAGUUGUUGGUGGUGGUGUGGCAGUGCUUAUGGCGGCUAGCCCUGUCCAGGUAGUAGUUUGCAGUUUUGUACAUGGUAAUGCCAAGUUCAAGAGCAGUAAGCAAGAAACCAGUGGCCCCAAGAGCGACGAGAGUUCUGAGCCUCACCAUCGUAGUAUGAGUAUCGAUAAAUUAGCUACACCAUCUAGUGCUCCUCCUCCCACUACUCAUCAGAAUUAUACACCCACUGCUAGCGGAAUUUGGCCCGGUGCACGGGCGGGGGUUGAUCUGAGAACUCCCCACCACACCGGCAUCGACUUGACUCGUGGUUGAAACAUAAACAAAAGAACAGAAAUUUGCAUAUGCAACAGACACAUGACAAUUUUGUAUAUAUGUGUUGUUGUAAAUGAGAACUACUGAAUCUGUGAGAAUUGUAACUUUGUACAACUCUUUCUUCACACCCUAGGAGGGUGUGGUAAAUGAGUUUGUGCUAACAUAUCUUGUAACAAAAGCCAUCAUUAUCAUCAUUUUGAGGUUUGAGUAACAGUGUUAACUUGUUGGAGAAGUUUCUGGUUAUUUGGAGAUCAAGUACACUCUCAUCUGUAGCUUAAGAUACAUUCAUUUCCAGUCAGUUUUCAUUUUUAAUCCAUUUUGUUUCAUAUAUACUUAUA